GUUUUUUUAAAAUUUUCUCUUCUCAGAGUCAAUUCCAAAGGCCUAAACACACAUAUUCUUUCCCACCUCGAAAAGCUCUAUACAAGCAUGUAUAUAUCAUUGAGAAAAAAAAUAGUGCUCAUUCUUUCAAUUGCGGGCACUUUAUGAAAUCUAUUGUAUAUCACUAGUUUCGUCACCUUCACAUCGUUAUUCGGCUUCUCAUACGUGGCAGAAAUCCAAAAUGUUCUAUAAUAUCUUCGAUGCGCUAGAGAGCACUUUUAGAUAGACUUAGUAAACAGUGAGGCACACAUAAGAAAUAACUAUUCGAACUUUGUCUUCUCUAGGGGCGCCAUCAGCUCCAACUUACGAGCCACCAACAGCAGCAGCAACGAUCCAACCGUCUCUUUCACUUUCGUCGUCAAGUCCAAUUUAUGAACGUCCAGUAGCAGCGACAAUCCUCAAACCCCAGUUAACAAAAGUAACAGCAUCACCAUACGAACCAUCGCGAGUAUCGACGAUCACUUUUGUUAGAAUGCCCAAUGCAAAAAGACAUGGCGACAGGAUACCGGAUGGCUAUGCUGGUUUUAAAUGGUACAAUGUGUUUUACAUGUUCGAGGUAUUUGCAAUGGAAUGUUAUUCGAAUACCGGAUAUGCGAACGCCUUCACGAAUGGUAGGAAAUGCGUCGCAUACAAUGGCGGUGGUGAUCCUAUAUCAAUUUCUGUUCUUAAUUCACAAAAUACAUUUUGUCUCCAUUCAUUCGAAGCUAUUUCAGUCUAUCGGGAAGCUUUUACACUGUCGGUCACCGGCUAUCGUAGCAAACAACUAUUAGAUACGAAAACAAUAACACUGACCACCACAAACCCUACACUUAUUGAAAUAGGCUGGGAGCGAAUCGAUGAAAUGAGAUUUGCAUGCGCCGAUACAGCUGAAGCUUCGCCAAACCGAACAACAUUUGCCUUAACAUGCUUGAAUUUAUUAUUAUGA